AUGGUUCACGCCCUUUACUAUCCGUUGUUGGUGGCUGGUGCCACAGUGGCUGCUUCGUUGACCGGCUGCCAGCUCAGCCUGUCUUACGUCUCAGUGCCUGCCAUCUUGAGCGUACCUGACGUGUCGGAAUACGCCAUGCUCUCAAUGUGGAGAGUAACCUUCAACAAGGGCUUCUAUCUCUGCCCGACGCAGGCUCUUCUGUCGAGUUUGCUCUUCUUAUUGAACGCGAUUUUGACUUUCUUCAACCAAGAUGCGUCAUCUGCGGACUCGAAGAGCACCUAUCCACUUGUGGUGGCUGCCGUAUUUGCCAUAUCUUUGGUACCAUACACAUUGACUGUCAUCGUUCCAUUAGAAGAGACUUUGCUGAAGCGACAGGGCAAUUUGUCUCGUGGAAAUUUGGAGCAAUCGAGCAAGGGAAAGGUCAAAAAUACAGAAGCGACAGCCGAUGCUAUCAGGAGUCGGGAAAUGAUGGAGCGAUGGAUUUCACUCAACUAUAUCCGCACUUUGCUUCCUUUGACUACCGUUGUAUGGGUCUGGACGAGAUGCUGGUAA